GGACGCACGGUGCACGGGAAAGUUCGCCGAAAUCGCCGCAGAUCCUGAAGGAUCCUGAGGCGUACUGUUUUCCGCCGAUCUUAACGAGAGUGGUGCCUGGUGUGUCUCUACACGCGUGUUCCACGAAUCUUUCUUCUUUUCUUUUAUUCGCCCAUUUGUGAGUCGCCGUCAACACCGCGCGAAGAGGAAAAAUCUUAUAUCUGAGAAGAAUUUUUGAAACGUCACUGUUUCCUAAGAUAUCGGUUUUAAUUAAUUAAUCUGAGAGCGAUCCGAAUACGUCUAUUUCGGAAAAAUUGAUUGAGCUGGUUAUCGAAUGCUAAAUAUGUAACGACGUCGAUGUAGGACUGACGAUUUCGGAGUGGAUAUAUAUAUAAACGAGAUAAAUGAAAAGAAAAUUUUCUUAAAAUGUUUUAAAGAAAGUUUUCGAAAUUGAAAACGUUCACUUUCUCCCUACGGAAAAGAAAAAAUAUCGUGACUUUUUAAUAGUACCCGCGGCUAUAUAAAAUGAUGGACGCAAUGAAGAGAUCUCGAAUGUUUGCGAAGCGAGUCACGGCGCAUCGAGGGAUGAUCGGCGGUGUUUGAAAGCGCGGACACAGAAAAUCGUCUUCGCGAUAUUCCCGACGGAGAGCGACGGUGUUAAUUUUUUAGAAUGCGAAACGAAGAAAGAUGCGGAUAAAGAAGCGAAGCAGUGCUAAGGUCUGGCUUCUGCUGCUCGUGUUGUUGCUGGUUCAAGAUGGCAGAUGUAUAAAAUGGCUCGGUCUCGGUCGCCGCGGCGACUCGCAUACGUGGACCAGAGAGGAGUGCACCAGCGCAAAGAGCGCGGGUCUGCUGGAGAGGAAGCAGGCGAGGGCAUGCAGGGCCACGCCGGAUGUGAUGCCCGGUUUGGUGCAAGCCGCCAAAGACACGUCGACGGUGUGCCAGCAGGCGUUCCGACAUCGCAGAUGGAACUGUAGCAGCAUCGAGCGCGCACCCGACUACACGCCUGAAUUGCUUACAGGAACAAGAGAACAAGCCUUCGUUUACGCAAUGUCGGCCGCCGCCGCGGUUUGGCGACUCGCACGAGGGUGCGCUUUGGGAAACUUGGCGGCUUGUUCCUGCGCGACUCCACCACGAAGAGAACCACCCUCGCCGUCCGCGCUUAUCUCGCCCUCAUCCUUCACCACCAUGUCCGUCUCUUUCGACACGCUGUCCGCGAGGAACUCCUUCAAGUGGGGCGGCUGUGGGGACGACGUGAGAUCAGCUUCGAGGAUGGCGAAGCGGUUUCUUCAGGGCGCAUCGCCGCCCGGUACCGGAGGAACUGCCAAGUUCAUGCACGCAGUCAAUAUGCACAACAACAGGGCGGGUCGGAGGGCGGUCGAGCAAUCCUUAACUUUGGAGUGCAAGUGCCAUGGGGUCUCGGGUUCCUGCAGCGUGCGUACCUGCUGGCGCGGCCUGGGUGCAUCGGGACCAUCCGCCGCCGGAAGUCGUUUGCUACGCAGAUACGCCACCGCGGCCGAGGUCAGGCCGAGAUCCGGCGGUAGACUGCCGCCCCUGUAUCACCACGAUAAUCUGCUCUAUACUACCAAAAGUCCGGAUUACUGUCUACCGGAUAAGAAGAAGGGCAGCCUCGGCACGAUCGGCAGACAGUGUAACGGCAGCAGCUCCGGCUACGAGGGCUGCGAGUACCUCUGCUGCGGCCGCGGCCACGUGACCAGGACCGAGGAGAUCCUGGAGAGAUGCGACUGCAAGUACAUCAGCUGCUGCUACGUGAAGUGCAAGACAUGCAGGCGGGUCGUGAAGACGUACGAGUGCAAUUGAGAAUAUACUUACGUGGAUCCGC